GCUGCGGAAGCGGCGCCGCCGCCCAUGUGACAGCGCUCCCCGCCCCGCCGGGCCCAGCGGCCGCCGUGAUUGACGCCGGGCCCGAGCCGGCCGCGCUGGGCAGCGCCCGGGAGGGACGGCCGGGUUGUCGUUUUCGGCCGCUGUUCCUCCCGCAGAAGCCGAAGGGUUGUUAAGUUUUUAACACUCUCGAUUUCGGUGAAGGUUCCUCAGAAGGUCGUGUCAGCUUGCUUGUGCUGCUGAAAUAAUGUAGCGGAAAUGAUAGCCGAGCCCAACACAGCCAGUAACCUUCCCAGCCAAAAAGAGAAUGCAGUCCAUGACAAGACUGUGCCCGAGUCUGCUGCUCAGAAUGGCACCUGCAUGAGAAAUGGCAACCUGAAAACACCAAGAGAGAAGCGUAAGGUCCGAGAGCAGUGUGAGAACAUAAGGACGAAUUCUACUGGUAGCAGAAGAGUGCGCCAGCUGCAGAAUGGCGAAGUGGUUGAGGCAGUUACCUUGUUUGAAGUGGUUUGCAUGGGGAAACAGGCCAUGCAGUCUGUAGUAGUUGACUGGGUUGAAGCUUAUAAACAAGACAGGAAUGUGGCACUUCUGGAUCUCAUCAACUUCUUCAUUCAGUGCUCAGGCUGUCAAGGCAUGGUAACAGCAGAGAUGUUUCAAAGUUUGUACAAGAAGGAUGUCAUGCAAAAAAUGACAGAGACCUUUGAUAAGGAAACUGGGUUGCAGUAUAAGAAAUUCAUGGCCUAUCCUUGGAUCCUGACAGUAACUUGGCCAGUGGACAUGGACAAUGAGGACUAUCCUUUGAUCAGAACAGGACCCUAUUGGAAGAAGUUCAAAGCCAAUUUCUGUGAAUUCAUUGCGGUGCUUGUCCAGCAGUGCCAGUGCAGCAUCCUGUAUGAUAACUACUUGAUGGACACCAUCAUCUCGCUGCUUACAGGUUUAGCAGAUUCCAUGGUCAGAGCAUUCAGGCACACAAGCACUUUGGCAGCAAUGAAACUUCUGACGGCAGUUGUAAGCGUCCAUCUGAACCUUGACGUCAACAAGCACAAUGCUCAAAGGUUGUAUGAGGUGGAGAAGAAGAGGAUAAGUGGCAAGAGGACCAGUUACAGACUUGAUCAGCUAGAGAGAAAAAGGAAAGAGUAUGAGUAUAAGCUUCUAGAGAUACAGAACAUGAUGAAUGCUAUUUUCAAAGGGACAUUUCUAAACCGUUACCGUGAUGUAAUCCCUGAGAUCAGAGCAACUUGCAUUGAAGAAAUUGGCAGCUGGAUUAAAACAUACCCAGAUGCUUUUUUGAAUGAUAGCUACUUAAAGUAUGUUGGAUGGAUGCUGUACGAUAAGCAAGCUGAGGUGCGGUUGAAGUGUCUUCUGGGACUGCAGGGAAUUUAUAGCAGAAAAGAACUUGUUUCCAGAAUGGAUCUCUUUACUAACAAAUUCAAGGAUCGAAUUGUGUCCAUGCCUCUGGACAAGGACCAUGAAGUAGCAGUUCAAGCCAUGAAACUCUUGAUGCUUAUGUCACAGAACUGUGAGGAUGUGUUAUCAGCUGAAGACUGUGAAAUGUUAUACCAGUUUGUUUAUACCACUCACCGUCCACUUGCAGUAGCAGCUGGGGAAUUCCUUUAUAAAAGGCUGCUGAGUCGUGAGGGAGAUAAAGAAGUUCAGCCCAAAGGAGGAGAAAAGUUUGGGGCGAGCACUGACCAACUGAAAAGAUUAAUACACUUUUUCCUGGAGAGUGAGCUACACAAACAUGUUGCAUACCUAGUAGACAGCUUGUGGGACUGGGCAGGCAAAUUCCUGAAGGACUGGGAGUGCAUGACCACUCUUCUGUUAAAAAAUGCUGAAGAAGCUGGAGAAGCACUGAGUGAUGCCCAGGAAAGUGCUCUCAUCGAAAUCAUCCUUGCAACAGUCAGAGAAGCAGCUGAAGGUCAUCCUCCAGUGGGCAGAGGUGCAGCCAAAAAAAUUUUGUCAGUAAAAGAGAAGAAAAUCCAAUUGGAAGAUUGUACCAAAAUUACUGAACAUUUUAUUAUGGUGCUUCCUCAGCUCUUGGCAAAGUAUUCAACAGAUGCACAAAAAGUGGCAAAUCUUCUGCAGAUUCCUCAGUAUUACGAUUUAGAUGUUUACAGUACGGGUCAUCUAGAGAAGCAUUUGGAUGCUUUGCUGAGAGAGAUAAAAGACAUUGUGGCCAAACACUCUGACAUGUCUGUCCUCGAGGCUUCCUCCAGGACUUACUAUGUCCUGUGUCGUGAAGAAAUUGCCAUCUAUAGUAAGGUGGAUUGUGCUCGAACUCAAAUGAUAGAUGAGUUGAUGAAACAGCUUAACCAGCUACUAGAUUGCUUCUGGCAAAAGGAAGGAGGACUUUGUACGGACGCAGGAGAAAUUUCCCAGAUGCACUCUACUUUGAGAAGAGUAGCAGCUUUUCAUAAUGCCCAUGAUCUCACCAAGUGGAAUCUGUAUGACAAGACAUUAAGGUUCCUGGUGUUUGAAACGGAACAUGGCAGUUUGCCUGUUCUGAUUAUCCUACCAGCUCUCCAGUGCACAUAUUUUUCUCUUCUGUGGCAACUAGCUGCAGUUUCAGAAAAUUCUACCAAGGAGACUCUUAUUCCACUAAGCAGGGAACUGAGACGUUUCAGUCAGAUUUGCACAUGCUUCCUCCACCAUAAGGAAAAAGAUGUUAGAGAAAAGGCCUUCAUGAUACUCUGUGACUGGUUGCUGAUUUUGAGUCACCUGGAUUCAAAUAAUAAUGAAGAAGUAGUGGGACUCCUAGGAUAUCUUCCUAAUACACCACUUCAGGAAAAGCUGUUUUCGUUUAUCCAGGAACACGUUUUCAUGGAUGAAGAAGAGGAAAAAAAAGAUCUGACAGAAGAGGGAAAGGAUGAAACUUGCAAACUUGAUGAUUUGCACAAAAAGCGGAGUCUUCUGGCAGCAUAUUGCAAGUUAAUAGUGUAUAAUGUGGUAGAGAUGACUGCAGCCGCUGAGAUCUAUAAGUAUUAUGUGAAGACGUACAGUGAUUUUGGAGACAUAAUUAAAGAAACGUUAAGCAAGACGAGGUUCAAUAACAAAAUUCAGAGUGCCAAGACGCUGAUUCUCUGUCUGCAGCAGCUGUUUCAGACACAUGCAGAAAGCCAAGACAGCAGUAGUGGUGUGGACUUCUCCUCUCCUUCCUUUGCAAACAUCAAAGAACUUGCUCGUCGCUUUUCACUAACAUUUGGCUGGGACCAAGUGAAAUCUAGAGAAUCUAUAGCCAUGAUACACAAGGAGGGGAUUGAAUUUGCUUUUCAAGGAGCGACUGGAGUCGAUGGAAAAUGCUUGCCUCCUAACUUGAGCUUUCUGUUAAUCAUCAGUGAAUUUUCCAACAAGCUGCUAAAGCCAGACAAAAGACUAGUGUACAGUUACUUACAGAGGUACAUAACAGAGCCACUGCCCUGCAGAGGAGACGAAUGGCAGCCCUUGGUCUGGUACAGAAACUCUUUAUUGGCAAACGAUGAUGAGGAGAGCUCUGUCCUUGGCAGUUUGGGAGGGUGGCCCCCCAUGGGCUCAUCUAAGACAUCUUCUUUUAAAAGGAAACUGUCUAAUGGCUCUUUGCCUGAAACCAGCCAGACUGAAGCAGCAAGCAAAGCCCCAGAACAGCAGUGUGCUUCCCAGCUUCCCUCUGCAGCAGGGAAAAGCAGAAAGAGGCUGAAGUCUCAAGAGAUGCGCUUGCAGGAACAUUUGCCAUUCCUUUGUCCAGGAGGGCUGCGUAGAAGAUACUGUAAAGACGAGAUUAAGACAGAAGAUGUCUCCGAGGAGGGUCCAGCAGAAGACACAAUUGAAGAUGUUGAUGUCGUUGGUACAGACCAGGUAAAUCUGGCUGGUUUUCCAGCUCUGAGGACAGCUGUAGUUGAGGACAAUUAAGACACUGAGGAUGAACAGAAGUGAAGCAUACGCUAUGUUUUUCCUGCAAAUCGUUUAACUUGUCAAUGUGGUGUGAGAGCACCAACUGAGGUGGCAGGAGACAUGGAUCAAGAUGUCUCUGUGCCCAUGGGCAUCCACCCAGAACCAGUUUGUAGCACUAUGGUUGGCUUCUCACCAUUGCUGGUUGUGGGUGUUACUGAUGUGGCUGCUGCAGUUCUAGGGUUGGGCCUUCUGAGCAUCAUCACUCAACUGCAUCCUGAUCCUUGAUGCUGCCUUGGAAAAGCUUGCAGCUGGGGGAUUGGAAUCAGGGUAUUGACAAACACUGAAUCAAAGACACUGAAACAGGUGAGACAAGCUUGUUUGAAGCAUGUGGGGACAGUGCUGUGCUGGCCAUGUUCUUCACUGUUUGAGAUCUGUGUGUUUCCUUGCACCUGGUGCAGGGGAGAAAGGAGUCCAGCUGUGAACACUGGGACCUGCUGGGUGAUGGCAAGUGCCAUUUCCUGCCUGUAAAAUGGAAAACCUGCAUCAAUCAAUCAUCUGAAAGUACUUCUGAAUUCCAAUGCUUAGAGGUCUAUAAGCAUCAGGACAUUUUCCUGGGGAGCUUGUGUCAAGGCUUAAAAGUAACAAAGAAACAGUGGACCAGCUGACUAUUUUCCUCUGGAAGAAGUCCUUUGUACAGUGAUCAUGUGGUGUUUACUUGGAAAAACCCUGGAAAGACAAUGUAAAUAGACUGUAAAUAUGGCCAUUCAAAAAUAGGGGAUUUUUGCAUUAAGAAUUUGGAAAUUAUCUUCACUCAAGGGUGUUGCAGUGGCAAUAGGCUGGGGAGUGCAGGCUGCUUUCCCUGACCCUUCUCACUGCUACCUGGAAUUGUACAUUGAAGUAAUCAUAGCAGCUUUAUUUUUAAUAUAUAUAUAUAUAUAUAUAUAUUUUGGAUUGUAACUGUGUAAAAUAAACUACAGAACUAUUGCUA